AUGGGAAAUGCAAAAAGACCAUGUACAUCGAUUAGUACGGACAGUGAAAUUGAUAAAACACCGCUUUUAUCAACUGAACAACUUGAACAAAUUUCUCGUAAUGUUGUUCAACUUCUGACACCAUUAAUUGAAACUACAAUUAAAACCUUAUUUGAACAAUUACAUCAAAAAUUCAGCAACAAUCUUCCAUCCCAAAACCCACAACCAACAUCUCAGUGGGGUUGCCCCCCGAAUCUAAUGCCACCAAAAAUUCGUCAGGCAGCAGAAACAAUCCAACAACUUCGACAGCCCAAAUUCGAUGAAAAACUUAAGGAGUUAUAUGAAAAGAAGAGCUAUUAUGCAGUUAUCGAAAGAUUCCCUGAAAUAGAUAAUGAAGAAGAAGAUAUUAAGGUUAUAGAGAAGAAUGUUAAUGCUGUUGUGAACAACAAAAACUUCCAAGAUAAUAAAACAUUCGAAGUAAAAAGACAUGGAGCCAAAAAACAAAACAACUAUCACCGCAUCAUCAAAGUUAAAUUCUCAUCACCUUCUGCUGCACACUCUUUUAUUAAUCAAUACAGAAAUAUCCAUCAACCUAAAUUGGGUGGGCAUAGUCCCUUCGCAAGAAGGGACUUAACCCCACCUGAACUACAGCUGCAAAACUAUUUGAAACAGCAAGUGAGGGAAAUUAAUGAGAAACAUGGAAAUGGAACUGCUUGUUACCGUAAUCUUAAAAUUCAUUUUAAAAAAACAGUGACCAUGGGUUAG